ACACGCUAAAAAAUUAAAUUUUAAAUCGCGACACGCUCUCAUCGCCACGGACCAUGUACGAGGAUAAAAAGAUGAUUUUGCCGCUAACAACCAAGAUGCCAUCAAAGAGGGCAAGUCUGCCGCGGAUUGUGUUCACCUUUUCCCUCGGCCUCUCGUUCGGCUUUACCUUAUCGACUUUAAUAUUGUCCCCCUACUCUUCACGCAGUGGCCCAAGCCUAGGCCCUUUUUCCAAAGUUGCGUUCGUCCAGCAGGAAACGUCUUACGUCAGCCCUGAAUUCUUGUUUAAGAGUGUUCAGGCGAAAUUUGAAAUGGAUUUGGACCUGAAUUCAACGUUUGUGCACGAGCUCCUGAGAAGUGCCGAGGAGGUGGCCGCCCGAAAGUUGGCCCAACAGGUGCGCAUCUUGUGCAUUGUGAUCACCGUGCCUAAGAACCACAAGGACAGAGCUGAACACGUGCGAGAGACUUGGGGAAGGCACUGCAACAAUAUUCAUUUCAUCAGCACCAAAUAUGACGCUGCACUGCCGACAACGAAUGUUAAAAUUGCGGAAGGCAAGAAUUUGGAGUGGGCAAAAAUGGAGGGCGCAUUUAACUACUUGCACGAAACAAGACUGAAGGACUUUGACUGGGUCGUGAAAACCGACCAUGAAUCUUUUAUCGUUGUGGAAAACCUGAGAACAAUGCUGACUAGCUACUCGCCAGAUGAUCCGAUUUAUUUCGAAUUGAGCUACGGUGUCAACGACAAUACCACCGGCUCAAACACUGCCUCCUACGUACUAAGCAGAGAAUCGGUUAUUCGUCUGGUGAUUGAAGGAUACAAUGGGUCGAAGCAUGCCGACUGCAGCGGGAAAGAUAUAAAGACUCAGCUUGGCAGUUGUUUCAAGGCACUUAAACUCAAGCAAGAAAGCACGCGAGACGAGCUGAACAGAAGAAGGUGCCUCCCAUUUCACCAGGCCGAGGAUCUCAAGGAUAUUCAAAAUCUUGAGGGUGACGAAUGGUGGAAGAAUGAUUAUGUCUACUGGCCCAUGAAUGCGGGUCUGAACUGCUGUUCCUCAGAGCCGAUUUCAUUUCACCCAACCCAAGUGUCCGCCCUCUACAUGCUGGAGUACAUGAUAUACCACGUCCGUCCAAACAGUGUGAUGAGACACACGAAUAUCAAGCUGCCGGAAGAAAAGAUCAAGGACUCCGCAUCCACCCCUGCAGCAAAGAGCUCGUCAACACAGUCGACCGUCAAGCCUACGUCUGAAACUACCCCAAAACCAACUAGUUCUUCACCACCAUCAUCAACAACAACAACCACUAUUAAAGCGAGCAGCCCGCCGUCGUCAGCUGGUCCUGCAGGCUCCAGCCCGGCCCCCACUACUCCCAAGAGUGACCAAGGAACAGCAACUUCCGCAACUUCCACUGCGGCUAAUACGAGCAUGACUGGGAGUAGCGCGUCGUCUGUUGCGAAUGUUACUUCAGCUACUUCUUCUGUAGCAGCAACAGCUAAAUCAAAAUAAGAAAAAUGCGCAGAUAUGAAGUAGUUAAUUUUUAAACUACGUUUCAUUGUUAGGUUUUGUUCAUGUAUGCGAUUUAUAUUUUGUGAUAUUUUUAUUUAUCAUUAUGACGUGUUGUGUUUGAUGCUUGGAAAAGAAGCGCAACUAAAAACAGACUUCAGUUAUUAAUUCUUCUUCUAUUAUUCCAAUUAUGUUUUUCUCCAGCAAUUUUACUCAAUUUAAAUCACAAUUUCCCCUUUUAUUUUAUGAUAAAACUACCUCACACGUAAAAUUAUUACUAGCCCUAUUCGUUUUCAGACUUUGGAAAAUAUCCUCUCAAAAGAAAAGAUAUUUAUCUAGACGGGCCACAACAGAAACUACACAUUAGAAAACUUCUCUCCAAAUUCUAUAGAGCCUUUUUUCAGGUUGUAAAAUCACUCAGCCUUUGCUGUCGCACUUAUCAAUAAAUAUAAAAUGUUUCGUCAGUAUAAAACAAAGCGCAGAUACAUAUAAUAGAAGU